CAAGACUUUGGUGACGCAUCUAGCGCAAGGCUCUCUUAUUCAUCGCCCCGUCGCAUCCUGAUACACGCUCCGUAGGGCGUCGCGGGUUCCUUGAGACGGCGGCAGUCCGAGCUCAUAGGGCAGCCUUACAUUCUUUUCUGCUUACUAUUGGACGAAUUCAGCUUGCACCAGCGUUCCCGUCUCGCCAUCAUCUGGUGUCUCGUCGAUCGGUGUUGGCUAUUUUGGGCCAGCCCAGACCACGUCGCCUGCUACAUCGCCUCCAGGAGAGUAUCAUCACGAAACUGACCCCUUCCACGUCGUUUAGUACAGCCUUACUCACCUGUCUUGAGCCCCUUCACCAAGUCGUCCUCACGAAUAUAAAAAAUGGAUAAUCCACUGCUUCUACAGACCAUUUCAACAGCAUCUCUCCAGCCUUUCCUUUACAAACCAACCACUUCCACCACAAAUCCCAUCUAUCAAUUACUCAACAGUCCUUACCAUACAAACGCUACCAUGAAGACCGCCGUUCCCACCCUUUUGCUUGCCACCCUCGUCUCCAGCGCCCUCGCCGCGCCUGUUACCGACCAGACUCUCGACGUCUCCGCCAACGCUGGCGCUGUUGCCCCCGAGGUACAGGCCCUUUUCAACGCUGAAGAGGACGACUUUGAUCUCGAUGAGCUGCAAAAGCGUGGCAUCUUUGACGAUAUCGCGAAGCAGGCCAAAGGCACUAAAGAUCUGAUCAGCGCCGUCAGCGCCGCCGACGAGAUCUUCAAUGGCAUUAAGAAGGUCUUUGACGACUUUAAGAAGAAGCACCAGCCCAAGGGCUUUCCCGAUCUUGGUCCCGCUAUUGGCGCUGUAGUACCUUCUACUCCUCCUCCUGCAGACCAGCAGCCUCCCGCUGGAGAGGUCAAGGCGCGUGGCUUCAUCGACGAUGUCAAGAACGGCGACGCCAAAGGUGCUUUGAACGACUUGAAGGGUAUUGUCAGUGGCGCCAAGGGCACUUUCAACGAGGUGAAGGGCGCUUUCAACGACGUCAAGGACGGUGUCGCCCACGAUGACCUCCUAGGUGGCCUCAAGAAGGCCUUUGAUGACUUCAAGAAGUCUCAGGGCAACAAGAAGAACCAGAAGCCCGCUGAUGGCCAGACUGGUGCUCCUCCUGCACAGGGCGAGCCUGCAGUUGAUGUUCCUCCUGUAGAGGCUUAAACGUUACGAAAAUUAUGAAUCUGGAUUAUUAGAUGGCGUUAUAGGACGGAUGGGAAAAGAACUCUAUAAGUUAGAUGCUAAUGCAGCUGGACCUCUUAGCAAAUAAUAGAAUGCAUUGAUUUACUCUUCACAUUAUCACACAAAGGUCAACAAAUGUAAUGUACAUGUAGAUUUCGUCUAUCAGACAAGGUUCGACUAUUGUAUACAGGUACUUUGGCAUCCAAUAAAUAGAAGAAGAAGUUUGAAAAAAGUGUUAAGAAAAGGAGGGGGCUAGCUUGCCCAAAGAAUAUUUCCACCGCCUGCAAAGAAAAAGAAAAGUAUACGUGACAGCCGAUCCAUGAAAAUAGCACUUGAAAGUUUUAUCAACGCUCCAUUUACAGGACGAAGACCUGAGCGGCAACCAUGGCGAUCAAGCCAGCGAAGCCAACCGCAACGGUAGAAGCACCGGCGGUGACGGGAGUGUUACCACCGCUGCCGGGAGUGACACCGCCAGUAGGGACGGCGACACCAGUGGGAACGGCAACGCCGGGGCACUCGGGGCCGGUGCAGCCCUCAGAGGGAGGGUUGCUGCCAGGGUUGCUGCCAGGGCAGUUGGCGCCAGUGCAGCCCUCAGAAGGAGGCUGCUGCUGGCCGGGGCAGUUGGGGCCGGGGCACUGGGCACCAGGAGUCUGCGAAGCAACAGGGCGAGUCUGGGUCUCGAUCUGGCUGGGGCCAGGGACGGAGACGGUAGUCUUGGCACCAGGCUGGGUAGCAGGGCAGACGGUGGUGUACAGAGGGAUGGUCUCGGUGGUGACGUGGCCAACAGGGCAGUUGGUCACGGUGGGCUUGCAGCUGGUGAUGGUGUAAGUGGUCGUGGUGUGGACGACGCUGGUGAUCAUCUCGACCGAGCUGGAAGGCUUGGGAGUAGGCUUGACCUCAGAGACGGGGCAGACAGUGGUGUAAAUAGGAAUAGUCUCAGUGGUAACGUGGCCGACAGGGCAGUUGGUAACUGUAGGCUUGCAGCUGGUGAUGGUGUAUGUCGUGGUUGUGUGGACGACGCUGGUGGUCAUCUCAACAGAGCUGCUGGAGACACCAGUGGGCUUGCUGCUGCCAGAGACGGCAGUGCUGGAAACACCAGUAGGCUUGCUGCUGCCAGAGGCGGCGGAGCUGGAAACAUCAGUAGGCUUGCCAGAGUUGGAAGCUUGGCUGGACUGAGUAGCAGACUCGACGGCAGAAGUGCUCUGAGCGGCAGAAGAAGACUGAACAGCGGAAGAAGACUCGACAGCAGAGCUGGACUGAACGGCGGAAGAAGACUCAACGGCAGAGGAGCUCUGAACGGCGGAAGAGGAGCUAACAACAGCAGAGGUGGAGCUAACAACAGCAGAAGAAGAGCUCUGGACAGCAGAGGUAGAAACGCUGGUGGAGCUGGCGACGCUGCUGCUGCUGACAGUGGUGGAAGAGACAAUGGCGCUGCUGCUGCUGGUAGGGGUGACGGGAUCGCCAGGGCAGCGCUGAAGAAUCUCAGAGACUCUCUGGUGGAAGGUCAUGUCAUCGCUGGAAACACCCUUGUAACGCUUGCCCUGAAGAGUAGAGCGGCCAAGCUCCCACAGAGAGAGACCACCAAAGUUCGCGUUAUCGCGGUACUUGCAGGCGAGCUCCUGGAUUCUGUCAAAGUCAUCAUUGAAGUACACGGGAUCAUAGGUAGAGGUGGAACUGGCAGGGAGGCCAAUGAAGAUCUUGGCGUCCUUGUUGUGGUCAGACUCGUGGAGAAUCUUAACCCAGUCGUCGAAGUUGAUCUCUCCAGUGUUGAGAGAGCAAGCAGGGUUGUUGUAGAACUGGACAAAGAGGGCAUCGAGGCUAGCCUCCUUGAUGGUCUUGCGAAAGUUGUGGAAAUCCGUUCUAGUAAAGGUAGGGCAUUCGGGGGCAGCAGAAAGGUGAAGCUUGUCACCACCAAGCUUGCGGAGGCGGCGGAGCAUGGCGGUCCAAGCAUCGUCGUUGUAGUCGGAACGGGACUCGACAUCAAAGUGGAAACCGUCGACAGCAAAGUGGACGUUGUUGUUAGUAUCCCAGGGACGAGGGAGGUCCUUUGCCUCCCAGGCCGGAUCGUAAGGGCCAAAAGCACCCCAGAGGAAGUCGGCGAAGAAUUCACCGUUUUCAACAGUAGAAACAUCGUAGGUGUUAGAGUCGCCACCAAUGGCAAGGAGAACCUUGACACCACGCUGCUGGCAGUAGGACAGAUCCUCCUCGAAGUUGCAUGCAGUCCAGAGCUGAGACUCUUGACCGUUGGGGAGGUUAAUACGGUAACCGUAGGGGCAGUGGCCGGCGAAGUUGGUUCCGGGCCAACCGCCACCGUGCUCAGGAGAAACGUUGACGAAAGAGACGGUGACGAAGUCGAUACCAGUGUCACACUGUCUCUUCAGGUCGUAGAGAUCGUCAGAUCCAUACUGGCCCCAGUAGCCGUUGAGCAGCAUAGCGUUGUGGCCAGGCACAGCGGUGUGAGUGGGCAGGGCAGGGCCCGGGACGGUGGUAAUGGAAUACAUCUUGCCGGUGUAAAUGAAGGUGGUUGUUUUGUAAGUAAAAAGACUGUAAGUAGGCCGAGGCCAAGUAGCGAGUGUGAAGACGAAAGUGUCAAAGAAAGGACGCAGACAAAAGCUAUCUGCAACAAAAGAGGCCUGG